AUGGAUGAUAGCUCCAACUUGAAAGGCAACAAAUUGAAUGAGGAAAACAAUGACGAUAUCUACUUUAUGCGACAAGCAUUAAAGGUGGCCAAAGCAGCCUUGGCCAUUGGUGAAGUUCCGGUGGGAUGUGUCAUUGUCUUGCCAAAUGACACUACUAGAGGAACCAUUGUGUCGCAUGGGGCCAAUCAAGUCAAUGCCACCCGAGAUGCCAGUCGUCAUGCCGAAAUUGUGGCCGUGGAUCGCAUGUUGACAUUGGGGGUCUCCUCGGAUCAAUUGCGGCUCCCUCCCUACAUUAUGGCACAAUCCGCCACCACCCCAGAACAACAAAAGGCUCUGCAGGAAGAAAAGGAUGCCAUGGAUGACGGUUGGGGAUCUGGUCAAGUUUAUCCCAUUUCCAUUCUCUCCCAAUGCCAUCUCUACGUGACCUGUGAACCUUGCAUCAUGUGCAGUGCAGCCUUGGCCACCGUUGGAAUUGGAAAGGUGAUUUUUGGGUGUCACAAUGAUCGAUUUGGAGGAUGUGGGUCCAUUCUUUCCUUGCACGCGGCAACCAAUAGUACUACCAAUAACACUACCGGUACCACUCCGGAUGAAAAUGAUGAUGAUGGAACUACAGACAAACCAUUUCCGGUUGUGGAAGGCGUCCUCAAGGAUCAAGCCAUUAGGUUGUUGCGGUGCUUUUACGAUCGAGAAAACUUUCAUGCCCCAGAUGAUAAACGGAAACGAAAAAGUUAA